UCUUGAUUGCAGAGUGAAGAGAUUAUGGUGGACUGACAAAUGCUGUCUCUGGAGCCUGGAAACUGACCAGAUGGCCUGAUUUUCCCAUGCUUCAGCUAACCAAAAGAAGGAGGAAAGAAAUCAUCCCAGCAUGACUGCUGCUUCCAGGUUCUUAUUUGCACUGAAUCGCCUCUUGCCGACUCCUCUCCUAGAUGCUUGAUAGUUAUUACUUUAGACUUACCAGUCUAGAGAGAUUUUCAAGCUGGAAUUCUCUCUGCCCCAAAGAUGCUACUGGGGACUGCUGGCUUACUAGGAAGGAACAUUUGGUUAUCGAAGUAAAACUUUUACCUAGUCCUUAUGCAUUUGCCUGUGCAAAGGGACGGAUUUCCUUGAAGACAACGACAGCAACAGCACCAUCCCCUCAGGAACAACAAAUUUAAGGGAAGGGCUGGGCAGGGCUUUCACCAGAAUGGCUCAUGUGUUGCCCUGGUUGCUGCUGUGGCUGGGGUCUGGCAUGGUGCGAGCCAGCCAGCCACACCUGGGGAUCCGGGUGCCUCUGAGGAAUGGGAUGGGGACCUUGCAACAGACCCACAGGAUGCAGCGCUCCGCUGAGGAGGAGCGGGAGGAUUCCAGACAAAGAAGCAGUUUCAUGAAUAUGGUAGAUAACUUGAGGGGGAAAUCUGGACAGGGCUACUAUGUGGAGAUGACGCUCGGCAGCCCCCCACAAAAGCUGAACAUUCUGGUGGACACGGGGAGCAGUAACUUUGCCGUGGGGGCAGCGCCGCACGCCUUCCUGCGGCGGUACUACCAGCGACAGCGGUCCAGCACCUACCGGGACUUGCGGAAAGGGGUCUACGUGCCAUACACCCAGGGCAAAUGGGAAGGGGAACUGGGGACGGACCUGGUCACCAUCCCCCACGGCCCGAACGUCACCGUCCGCGCCAACAUCGCUGCCAUCACAGAGUCCGACAAAUUCUUCAUCAACGGGUCAAACUGGGAAGGGAUUCUGGGGCUGGCCUAUGCCGAAAUUGCCCGGCCCGACGACACCCUGGAGCCCUUCUUCAACUCGCUGGUGAAGCAGACCCGGGUGCCCAACAUCUUCUCCCUGCAGCUCUGUGGGGCCGGCUUCUCUCCCAACGAGUCCGAGGCCCUGGCGUCGGUCGGGGGCAGCAUGAUCAUCGGGGGCGUGGACCACUCCCUCCACGUUGGCAGCAUCUGGUACACGCCCAUCCGCAAGGAGUGGUACUACGAGGUCAUCAUCGUCAAGAUGGAGAUCAAUGGGCAGGACCUGAAGAUGGACUGCAAGGAGUAUAAUUACGACAAGAGCAUUGUGGACAGCGGGACCACCAACCUCCGGCUGCCAAAGAAGGUGUUUGAGGCUGCAGUGAAAUCCAUCAAAAUUGUGUCUUCGACGGAGAAGUUCCCGGAUGGCUUCUGGCUGGGGGAGCAGCUGGUUUGCUGGCAAGUCGGCACCACCCCCUGGCACAUCUUCCCAGUCAUAUCGCUCUACCUGAUGGGCCAGGCGACAAACCAGUCCUUCCGGAUCACCAUCUUACCCCAGCAAUACCUGCGCCCCGUCGAGGACGUGGCCACAUCCCAGGACGACUGCUACAAGUUUGCCAUCUCCCAGUCCUCCACAGGCACCGUCAUGGGCGCCGUCAUCAUGGAAGGCUUCUACGUGGUCUUCGACCGCGCCCGCAAGCGGAUCGGCUUUGCCGUCAGCACCUGCCACGUGCACGACGAGUUCCGCACGGCGGCAGUGGAGGGGCCCUACCUGCACCCCGACAUGGAGGACUGCGGCUACAACAUCCCGCAGACGGAUGAGUCCACCCUGAUGACCAUCGCCUACGUCAUGGCGGCCAUCUGCGCCCUCUUCAUGCUGCCGCUGUGCCUCAUGGUCUUCCAGUGGCGCUGCUUCCGCUGCCUGCGGCGGGACCACGACGACUUUGCCGACGACAUAUCCUUGCUCAAGUGACGCCCGCUCUGCUGGCGCGAGGGAGCAGCCAGCGGGGGGAGGCUGGGAGGGAGAGCGUGAGCUGAGCUCAUCGGCACAGGCUCCUCUGCCCACAGAGUUUGGCUGGGGCUGGAAACAGCACCAGCCAUUGCCCCAGGCCAGAGCCGGGUCUGUUCUUCCCCUGCCCGCUCCAGUGGCUCAGCCAACACUGCCUGGAGCCAUUGGCUCUGCCCUGGGAGCGGGCGCCGGAGCGCCGGGGGAGACUCGGCCACAGGCCGGGACGCUGGGCCUGACGGCAGGUUUAUAAGGUCACCGUGGGGUACAUUGAAGCUUGCUCCCCUCUGCGUGCAGCAGCCCCGGCCAGCCUGGGAAUCAAACCCCUUUGGUCUCUGGCCAGCGUGGACUCGCUCCCUCUGCCUGUUCGGGAUACGGCCUCGCCAAGCCACAGCCCUUGUGCUCCAGGGUACGCCUAGGCCACACUCUAAGCCCGGGCUCUGACUCAGGUUUGAGCCCAAGCCCCACUUCCGUCCACACACAAACCCGUCUGACUCAGGUCAGCAAGCACUCAGGACCCUGCCGGGGGUGGGGCUGAGCCCUACGGAGGCUCAGGUCCAAGCCCUGUCACAUUGCCGUGUGGACACAGCUCAGAGCCUCAGGCCCAACUCAGACAGUCUGUGUCGUGCAGCAUGGGCCUGGGAGCACGGCUGGGAGAGCCGGGUGCAGCAGCUGUCAGCCCGGGUUUACAGCGCAGCGUGGAAACCCCAAGUGCACAGCCCAGGCCCCCCAGACCCGAGUUUACAACCGCGUGUAGACGCACCCCCAGAGUCCGUGGAGGAAUCAGCCCAGGUCUGAGCAUUGCUUGUUAGCCGCUGCUGCUGCAAAGCCAGCAGAGGGAGCCCAAAACAUUGUUUUUGUGUAGGGCCUACAUAAACCAUGGUCAUUACAUCUCAAUACUCUGGGUUUUCAAACAUUGGGGACAGCGGUAGAUUCUAAAAUAGCCAUUUAAAAUCCAGGGGAUAUUCCUCCCCAGGCAGCCACUAAUUUACGAUGCCGGCGGGUCGUGCUUUGGGCCUCCUCUCCUCGGAGGUGCUCCUUUCAGAUCUCCGAACCGGAAAGGCGUACCAAUAGCACCUUCGCUCCCGCGUCGGGCGGGACUGGGCCUCUCAGCUAGAGCCCAGGAGCUGCAGUGAGCCUGGCCUCUAGCAGCGAGUCAGCCUAACACCCCAGCUCCCCUUUCCCCCGCCAGGCAUCGCUGUGACAGACACACAAUGGCAUUCAGGAGGGUCCAUGCCGUCCAGUGCAGCGUGUGCACAUGUCGCUGUCCUGUCUGCUGCAGCCCCCUUCUCCCCACCCCACCCACCCUCAUCUCACCCCUGCGGGAUGCCUACAUGCAUCUCAAGGGCCCUUGGCCAUGGUGAAGCGGGAGCAGAGAGAACAGAUCUUCCCCCAACUGGCUCCUGCAUCUCUUCUGCUCCUCACUGACCCGGCUCUGGGGGCCCCACUUGGGCCAGCCCCCUCCUCACAGGGGGGUUUAGGCUGUGGUGUGCAGCCAGUGCUUAAUUGGCAAUGAAAGAGGUGCCGAGGCUCAAGCAAUUUUUUAACUUUCAGAACUGACAUGACAAACCCAGAGGUGCUGGGGCUCUGAACAGCCGAGCCCCCGGCAAGCCCCGGCACAAAUGAAGCACUGUGUGCGGCUACCACAAUCCCACGCUGUCGUACAGGGAGCAGGACACCGUCCCAGCCUUGAGUGCCGGGGUCUGCCUAGGUGGGCCAAGGAGCAUUCUCUGCAGGCCAGCUGUCCAUGCCUGAGCUGGAGACGCACCGCUCACUGCGGGCUGGUGGAGUGACGUCUGGGCGCCUCAGGCUGCAAGCGGGGCUCUGCUCCAGGGCUUGCAGCUUAGACCAGUCCACCCCGUCCUGCAGCUCCUAGGGAAUGGCUGCUUCCCUGCGCUCCCCAGGAGAAGUGUCGCUAAGGGGGCAGCUCUGGCAGCCCCUGCUGGGGUCAGGGAAGGGAUGGGGGAGGGCUACACUGUUCCGCCACUUUUCAAUCUCUUUGGCCCUGGGAAGUGGAUCGGGGCAGAGCCCUCUGCCCUCCUGUGCAAAGACUGUGGGGAAAGGUGGGGGCAGGGUAAGCCUUCCAUUCCCCUCAUCUCUGCCCGGGCUGCAAGUCAUGGGAAAGGGCCUAACCCGCUCUGGCUCCCAAUUCUCCUGCCACGCGCUGCACACAGGCCUGGCUCUGCAGCACCAGGGGGAGAACCAGCAGCCUCUGCUGCGGCAGGGUGGCACCCAGCCCCGGGCCAGGACCAGCAGCCAAGGAAGGUGUGUAAGCCACGGAACCAGACUGUUACCCAGCCUGCUUGGGAAAGGCCCAAGCAAGCCAGAGCUGCCUCCGUGGGAGCCCCUGCCUGGAAGGUGUGCUGCACAAGGCAGGAGCGCCUCACACUGCACCUGGGCAGGAGGGGAAAACCCUCCCUGUGCUGGACUUAACCAUCCCAGGCGAUUAGCUGCUCCUGGAAUAGCUGCCUCUGGCUGCAGUGGGGGAAGGCAGUGCCCCAGCCCACCACACGAAAUAGCUUGUUAUUUCAGGGGGUCAGCAGCAGCCUCACCAUCAGCAUCAUUAGUGUGUUUGAAACACAUGGUUGAACUUAAUUUUCCUUGUUUAUAAUGGCAAAGGGCCAGGGAUGUUGUGCUCGAGCAGAGGGCAGCGUGUGUACGUAGCAGGCUGUGCUGUAUGUGAGUGUACCAAUACUGAAUGCUUCUUGCCUGUACAAUAUAUACAUAUUUUUAUAUUUUUAAUGCUAGUGCUGAAAGCCCCUGGUUCAUUGCAAACCCAACCUGAGGGGGUUUGUGGGUUUUUAAGCCCCCUGCUUUGGUUGUGGGUGAAGGAGCCAGGCUGCAAGUCAGGGGUGCUUAGCAGUGGUUGAUCUGAUGGAAGCACUUUAUGGAUCAUUGGUGAUCUGGCAUUUGUUGUGAUGGAUGUAUCUCUUGUAAUAGAGCUGGUGAAGGUGAUGGGGGCACUGGGUUGUGUGGGGUGAAAUUAGAUCACGGACACAGCAGUGGUUUUCAAGCCAAAAAAAUAUCACCCAAGGCUGUUUUUGCUUCUGUCCCAUUUCUGUUCAAGGAGGUUUUCCCUACUACAUAAGAACCCCCCGUCCUCCUGAAUCCGUGACCAAGGCCUGCACAUUGUGCUUCAGUUCUGGUACUAAUGGUUGAUUUAAAAAGCAACUUUGUUCCUUCUCAAUGUGGGGUCUCUUCCUACUUAAUCCUGCAGGCAACUCCUCCUGGGGGAUUGGUAACACUGCUGUUCCUAGCCACAGCAGAAGGUGAUGGGUAGGCCUUCAUGGCGAGAUUCAAAAGGACCAGAGCAGCCUGGGCAGGGGAAGGCACUCAGCCAACCACACACACCUGAGCUUUUAGCCCAGUGAAUGAGACAACUGAGGAAAUGCGCUGUUGGUAGGAACAUUUGCCCAGCCUGGGACCUGCUUGUUACAGAGCUUUGCUAAUGCAGCUCCUACAGGGGACUUGGGGUUUAACUUGCCCCUAAAUGGCCCCGCAAGAUAAAGCUGGGCCAUUUGUGAGGAAUGCAGAACCAUUUCACUUUGCAGAGGGGCUUGGGAGGUGGGGAUUCAGAUCCCAGCUGUACCUCACAAAUGUAUAGUAGCACCACAUCCUGUCAGAGGGAAGUGCAGGGGCAGCUGCAACUGUGAAGGAACCAUUGACUCCUAAAGAGGGUAGAGAAAAACCUCUCUUCAGUGGAGCCGUCUCACCUGCUAGCUGGGAUCCAGAGAGUCUGUACUGGUGGGAGCAGCAUUACUGGAAACUUCCCAUGCACCAUGCAAGCACAGUUCCAAGGGCAGCAAGACAGCACAAGAUGGAGGGCAGACUGCAGGGCUCUCCUCUCUCCUGAAGGCAAGUAACUGACCCUAAGCACUAGCCCCAGCUGAUUCCAAUAUGUGACCCAAGCUCAAUGGCUCAGACAACAGCAAAUCUCCUUACCCUACUUUAAUUUUCGUGGGAUGAUUGGAGAGGAGCUGCUGCCAUGACCCCCGGGAGAGGGCUAAACAGGGCUCUGGAGAAUUUCAGGGGGCAGCAGCAAAGAGUGUAGGCCCAAAUUUGAGCCUUGCUGGAGGAGAAAAGAAAGCACAGGCAGGUAUAAGAGGGACUCUGCCACAAAGUGUUUUCAGGAAUUUUUGCUUUACAUGUUGAUGAGAAUCAUCCUUGUUGAAAAAUGGUAACGUUCCCCAGCAGCACAGCCUGGCCUGGCCAGCAUGAGAGAACGAACAGCAUAAAGAGUGACAAGCAAGGGGCAGGGAUGGUCUGGUGGCCCUGCUACUUAAAUAUCCCGCAAAGAAAGCAGCAGUAAGUCCCUGGAGUGAGUCACUAGCUAAGGAGCCAGCACUGCGUAGCCAGAAACCUUAUAAACUGGCCAGGCCAAGUGAACUCUGGCUGUGGGUACAGCUGCAGCACCCCACCCCCACCCGCUCUGUGAACCUACUGCGCUGAUGUUUGCAGUGUUGGUCCCAGGAUAUUAGAGACACACGGGGGGGUGAGGUCAGGUCUUUCAUUGCACCAACAUCUGUUGGUGAGACAGACACACUUUCGAGCUUACAGACAGGUCAGCCCUGCAGAAGAGCUCUGUGUGGCUUCAAAGCGUGUCCUCUCAUCAGCAGAAGUUGGUCCAGUAGCAGAUACUCCCCCAGCCCUGGGUCUCCCUACUUCACUAGAGACAGAGGCUUUGCUUUUGCCAGCGCUAUCUGGUUCCCAUAACUUGCUCUGGUCCUGCACUCAGGCAGCAGCCUGACUCCAACCAAGGGGGAAGUUAUGCAACUGCAACCUCCAUGCCCCAGUGCCUGCCCAGAACACCUCCGGGACCCCACUCCGUUUGGACCAUGUCCGCGUGUGUGCAGAAAUUCACCAACGGGGCCAAACCCAGCCAUGCUGCAUGCAGGUGACACCUCCAUUGACUUCAGUGGAGUUGCAGCUGCUUACAACAGUGCUGAAUUUGUCCCAAGGACUGUGCAGAACCUACAAAGCAGGGGCCAGAUCUUGAGAGGUGCUGGGCACCAUUAACUCCCAUUGAAAUCAGUAGAGAUCACUGGUUACCUCAGCCUGAUGUAGGAAGAAGAGCAGAGGGGGCAAGUUGGGUUUUGAAAGCUUUGUUAUUCUGAGCUGCAGCGCAGCCAACUUUAUCUCCUGAAGAACUCCCUUCCCAUGGGCCCUGGGUUAGAGUAACAGGAGACUGCGAGGACCACACCGUGCGUCCAGCUCUCUGGCCAACGAGUUGGGGAGCAGGACGAGGACUAGGGAUAGCUACUCUCAGCAGCUACUAUAGACGCCCAUACUCUGUAACCCUAAUGUCGAUGUAAGAAUAAUGAAUGUUACACAGUAAAUUAUUACAUUAAACAGAAAAGCCUUGUGUUCACCGCCUGUUCAUU